AUGUCCCCGGCUCAUCAUCCGGACAUGCCGACGACGACGUCGCCAGAACCCGACCAGAUCACCACAGCGAGGAUCAAGGUCCAGACUUUCUACAAGUACCGCAGAGAGGGCGAGCCAGUGCAUGACUUCAUACGGAAGGCAGAGGUCCAAGUCGCUACCUACGAGGAGAUGCAAAGGUAG